CUGGACUCACUUCGGUUGAUGGAGUGAAAGAGAGGAGAGAGGUAGACAGACGUGGUCGGGAUGUAGCAAACAACGGAAACAACCACUGCAAUGCUCUCUGCUGCUCUUAUAUAGUGUAUUAUACUUUUUCUACUUUGUUUAUUUUUAUUUUCGUAUUUCACGGUGGUUUGGCUGCUUUGCUGUCCCAGUCGUGUAUCCUUGGCAACGCGUUAUAACUGUCCUGCGAAGUUUGGAUCAAGUGUUUUACCUUUAGCCGGAAAAGAAAUUGGAUAUUUUACCCGCUAAACUAACGGAUUUAACUCCGGGGUACACGUGAACGUGUGUGAAAGUGCUUCAAACUGUCUUUAUUCAUAUUUUUCUUAUUUUUUCCAUUAAACCUUGUGUUUAGGGAAACGGGACAGCGCUAGACAAUAGUGGUGUGAGAGUGCUUGUGCAAGGAAGGGGGGGUCGAUGCCUCACGGGGGCUUUGUUCUGCCCCGUAGACACGUAUCGCGAGCCUUUUGCGGAUAUCGACUGAUCGAACGGUGGAUUAAUGAUUAGGUGGUGAUUCGUAAGCAGAUUCGGAAGACGUGGGAACGACCAUGGAUGUGACUCUGUCCGAGUUGCUGGCCACUUUCAUGGAGUCGCCGCUGGUGGUGUGGGUGCAGAUGUUGGGCCCGUUGGGUUCACGUGACGACGUGGGCUCAGAGGAACGGGUCAGCAUGUUCAUGGAACUGGUGGAUGGUGUCUUCCUGCACAAGAUCAUGACACACAUUGACCCUAGCCCAACCAAUCAGAGGCUGAACAAGAAUGUGAACAAUGACGUAUCACUCCGCCUUCACAAUCUGACCGUCCUCACCAGACACAUCAGGACCUACUACCAGGAGACUUUACAGCAGUUAAUCGUCAUGCCACUACCCAACAUCCUCUGCAUCGCCAAGGAUCCAAUAUCAGCCAAGAGCAUGGAAGAGCUGAAAAGACUUUUGUUGCUGAUACUAGGCUGUGCUGUUCAGUGUGAGCGCAAGGAGGAGAUGAUAGAGAAGAUCAAGCUGCUGGACAUCGAGACCCAGGCUGCCAUCGUUUCUCACAUCCAGGAGGUCACCCAUAACCAGCAGAAUGUUUUCGACCUGUCCUGGCUGGAGGAAGGAGCAGAGCUCACGCAUGAAGAGCUUGAACCUCUGUCUCGCAACAUGGCUACAUCGCUACGGCAACUGAUUGACCAGAGAGACAAAGCCAGUGAGGUGAUUGUGGAUUUGACCCAGGAGAGAGAUUACCUGUUCAGCGAGCAGUCCCAGGAAGGAUGCAGGAACCUGGGUUUGAGCAGCCAGGAGCGUGGGCAGAGUUCUGGAGGUGUGGGAGUGAAUGAUGGAGGACCGGCUGUGACUGUGUCUGGGCUUACCAAAGAAGAGAAACAGCAUCUGUCUGUGGAGCUUGCUGAUACCAAGGCCAAGCUCCGCAGAUACAGACAAGAACUAGAGGAGAAGACAGAGCAGCUGAUGGACUCAAAACAUGAAGUGGAGCGUCUGGACCAGGAGUUACAGCGACUGAAACAAGAGAACCAGUCGCUGUCAUGUGAGGCUCGUUCGGUCCGAGUGUAUCGGGAUGAGGUGGACUCACUGAGGGAACGGGCAGCCAGGGUUGACAGACUGGAGAAUGAACUGACCAGAUGUAAAGAAAAACUCAAUGAUGUUCACUUCUACAAGACCAGAGUUGAGGAGCUUCGAGAGGACAACCUGACUCUGAUGGAGACAAAGAUGUUGUUGGAGGAGCAGCUGUCAGCCUCCAGGGGGCGCUUUGAGAAACUUCACACGCUGGAGAAAGACAACCUGUUACUACGUGCUAAGAUACAUGACCUAGAAAUGGAGAGGGACAAUGAACGUCGGAGGCUGGAGGAGCUGGUGGAGGAGAACAUGCUGCUGGAGAUUGGACAGAAACAGAGUAUGAAUGAGUCAGCUCAUCUAGGCUGGGAGCUAGAGCAGCUGACCAAGAAUCAUGACAACACUAAUACAGAGACUCGUAAGUCAUUGGUCCAUGAGCUAAAUGAGUGUGUUUCCAGUCGGGUAUUGAAGCUGGAGAAGGAAAACCGAGAGCUACAGGCCUCUAUAGAGAGACUGAAAGAGGAGAACCACGUGCUGCAGGAGCAGCAGCUCCACACCCAGGAGCUGGACAGGGAGAACCAGAGUCUUAGCAUGAAGUUGGAGCGUCUUCAGGGUUUGUUGGACCAGGAGAGACUGACCAAUCAGGACAUGGAAUCUCUGGGAGAGGAAAUAUUGAAGGAAAAGCAGAAUCUGGAGAGAGAGAUGCAUGCUCUGAGAGCAGAGAAGGAUCGGCAGAUAUCUGAGUUGGAGAGUGAGAAGCAGCACCUGUCUGACGCGGUGGUAUCCCUUCAGGAGCGCGCACAGUCUAAUAGUGAGGCAAGGGUCCGUGAGGUGGAAGCAGAGAACCGUUUACUGCACCAGAACAUCACAGACACCAGCUCCCGAUUGGCCAGCUUGGAAACUCAACUCAAAGUAUCCAGUGAGGAGGCAGAGAGGCUGAGGGAGAGGGCGGGUCGGUGCGAGGAGGCAGAGAGAGAAGCGGCGAGGCUGGAGCGAAGCAGGGACACUCUGAACAGAGAAGUGGCGUCGUUGCGUGCAUGCAGCGAGCGGUCAGAGGCACUAGAGAGGCAGGUUUCCUCUCUGCAGCAGGAAGUGUGCAGGCUGAAACGGGAGGCAGAUGAGGCUCAGCAAGAGCUGCAACAACUGAAGAGGCAUGAGGCGGAGAACGGCCUGCUGACAAAGGAGAACCUGGACCUCCGCUGCUCACUGGAAAACCUGCGCUCCACAUCCACCCGCCUAGCCACCCUACAGGAGGAGCAUAAGGAGGCACAGAGAGAAACACAAGAGCUGAGGAGUAGGCUGGAAGAGGUCAGAGAGGAGGCACAGACAGAGAGGAAGAGGGCAGAGAGGCUGGAGUUAAACAUGGCAGCUCUAAAUCAGGAGAAGCGCCGCUUAGAAGAGGAAGUUGAGAGGAGUAAAGAAGAGAGAGAGGAGGUAGAGAGAGAGAGGAGGGAGACACACAGCAGAGAGGAGGAAUGGAGAAGGGAAGUAGAGAAACUGAAGGAGGAGCGGAGGAGGAGAGAGGAGGGAGACAGGGAGAGGAGGAAGCUCCAACUAGACCUGGAGCAGUCAGAGAAGGGCAGAAAGCACCUGGAGAAGGAAAGCUUGAAGAUCAGAACACUGCUAGAGGGGAAAGAGACAGAACUGGAGGAGAAAAUUAGGCAAUUGGCUACAACAGAGAAGGAGGGUGUGGCUCUGAGUAAGGAGGUGGACAGGCUGAAGGAGGUGGCAGUCAAAGCCAAAGAGCUGGAGAGGGAGAAUAAGGAGCUGCAGAAACAGUCAACUAUUGACAAGAGAACUCUGGCUACUCUGAGAGAGGAGUUGGUGUCAGAGAAGCUGAGUGUUCAGCAACAGAGUGUAGAGUUAGAGAGACUCAAUGAAGAACUGGAGAAGAUUGGACUGAACAGAGAAAAACUACUGCAGCAAGAGCACACGCUGGAGGACAGCAGGUACAGACUGCUGGAGUCUAGGCUGGAGGAAACUGUCCAACAGAAAAUGAAGCUGAAGGAAGAGAAAAUCUCCUCUCUGGAAAAGAAGCUAGAGGAGAGCAACACACUCAAUGCCAUGCUGCGUGCUGAGAUAGCCACUGCUCAUAAGACAGUGUCUGCCCUGAGUCAGGAACGGAAAGGAGAAGAAAACCACACUUCUCAGCAGCGAUCAGGUGCCGAUUGGGGUCAUGGGUCAGCCACUGCUGAGCUUCUACGACUCAAAGAUCAUCUUAUUGAUGUAGAAAAGAAUAAUGCCUCUCUGCAGACAGAGAACAGUCUAUUGAAGGAGCAGCUCAAACAGCUGGAGAACCAGAACUCCUCUCAUAACAACCAGAUGGUGGCGCUGCAGCGACACACCACCACCCUGCAGGAACAGAACUCAGCCUUACAUACACAGACAGCAAAACUGCAGGUGGAGAACUCCACACUCUCCUCUCAGAGUGCAUCUCUCAUGGCCCAGAAUGCUGUGCUGCAGGGCCAAGUCACUGCCCUGGAGACAGAGGUAGAGUCAUGGCAGCGACAGCGCGAGGAGGCGUGGCGAGGUCGAGAAAGCGUACUCAGCGACCAUGAACGCCUGCUGAGCGUUCAUGAGAGGCAAGCACACGAGUAUGAGCAGCUGAUCAGUCAGCACGCUGCGCUGAAAUGCAAACAGAGGGCGCUAGAGAAUGAUCACAGGACACUGCACAACAAGUACUGUAUUUUGCUUCAGCAGAAGGAGAAAUGGGAGGAGCAGGAGGGGCACGGUCAGAAAGAGAAGGAGGAACUAAACCAGGAGAUCCAGAAGAAUCGGUUACUACAGCAAGAGAAUCUACAGCUUAAAACAGAAGUGGACAGACUGACAGCAAGCCAAUCACAGCAUUCACAGCAAAGUGAGGAGCUCCAGCAGCGCGUGAAUGAACUCAAGAGCUCAUUAGGGUCCUCCCAGCUUGAAGCAAGUCGAUGGAUGGCACAACACGAUUCACUAAUGGAGCAACACCGAAACCUGGAUCUGAACAUGACCAAACUAGACAACCACUGUGAGCUGUUGAGUCGACUGAAAGGGAACCUGGAAGAGGAGAACCACCAUCUCCUGAGUCAGAUCAACCUGCUGAGUCAGCAGAACCACUCUUUACUGGAGAGGAGCAUGGAGAGCAAAGAGCUGUAUCACCAGGAACAGAAACUAUACAUUGAUAAACUGAACGCUCUUCGUCGGCAGAAAGAGAAACUAGAGGAGAAGAUCAUGGACCAAUACAAGUUCUACGACCCUACACCUAAAAAGAGGAGUCAGUGGUCUGGAGCCAAAGCUUUAGCCAAACUGAUUAAACCGCGAAAGGAGAGCAGCAGGGAGAGAGGGAGUGACCGAGACAAGGAAGCGGGCAAGGAGAGAGAACGAGCAAAGAGUGCCCCAGACAUCCCCCUACCUGCCCCCCCGCCACUCCUCCCCCCAGAGACCCCGCCCUUUCUUCCCCAGCGGAAGGGAAGUGACUCACAAGAUGGUGGCCAUGCUCACAGUAACCAUAACAACCACACUAACAGCCCCAGCCUGGGACCCCAGAGUCCAGCGACACUCACACCCAUCAGCCGAGGCUUGACUGACAAGGGCCAGGGAGUUUAUCGUAGCAGUACUCCAGGAGGCAGCAGUGAGAGUGUCAAUGGAGAAGACGGACAUGGACAAGGUCAAGCCCAUAAAGCUCUGAGCUCCACCCCAAGUCAUCCGUCAUCCUCACUGGGCCUGACCAACAACUCAAGCUCCAGAAAGGGAUCAGGCCCGAGCCGCAGGCCCAGAGGUCUCUUAUUUGAUGAAGACUCUUGCCACAAUACCUCUGACUCCAUGUUUGGCCACCAUGGCAACUUGGGAGGACGCCCAGGAUCAGCAGACUUCAGUCACAACACCUCCAGCUCCAACUCACCUGUCAAUUGCAGAGACACACUGGAUUACCAGGCUCACUCAGCCAGCCUCUCUAGUGAUGAUGUCGUGGGUCUCAGCCGAUCUCAGCAGACUCUGUCGCGUAGUUCCACCCUCCCAUACGACCAUACACCCCAGAGGGCCCAACCACAGUAUGGAGGCGGGGUUAGGACUAAGACUCGCCCAUCUUCACCUGGAAGUGAGAUGGUGACGCUGGAACAGUUCCUACAAGAGAGCAACUUGCAGUCACCUCCUGUGGUGUCUACGGGAAGCAGGGAGGACUUGAUGACUGAUUAUUUCACCAGAAGUCCUGCCCCCUCAGCACCUACUAGCAGAGAUCAGGUAACUCCCACCAGCUAUGUCACACCCACCGUACAACCAUCCAACCAGAGGCCAGGGCAGAGUGUGAAGCCUUCACCCCGCCAGCCUGUUGGCCAGUCCCCAUCCUCAGGCCAGCCCGUCACCCAAAGAACCAGCCAAUCACUGAGCCGGGCCUUCAGCCUGGCCUCGGCCGAUUUGCUGCGCUCAAGCGGGCCAGACAGUUUCCGCGGAAAUGAGGGUUCUCCUGGCCAAUCAGAUGUGGUGGUUCGGCGGCAAGGGGGAGGGACUAACGGGAGAGAGCGGCCGCUCUCUGCUCGUCUAGCUGGUCCGACCAAUCAGCUUGGAGACACCAGCUUCCUAAACCCGCCCAUUCACCACUCAUCCUCUCUCAAUCUGCAGACAGAGAGAUACGCAGAGCGAGAAAGAGAGAGAGGGAGGACUCCUGUCUCUCGGAACGGCCAGUCCUCCUCCUCCUCCUACCAUCACCGUGGAGAGGUUGCCAUGGUAACCCCUGUCAGGGCUGUGCCUGCCACACGGGCCAGUGAAGCCUCAGAGCACGGGGAGGUGUUAAGGGACGGACACUCAGGUGACUCCUCCCUCUUAAAGAAAGAAAGUGAGAGAGCAAGGUGCGGCUCUGUCGAACGCCCAAAAAGCACGCCAGCUUCCCCUGACCCCAACAAUGACCCCCAGACUGUGUGGUAUGAGUACGGCUGUGUCUAAAGAUGGGAACCAAAUCCUGAAAACUACAGUCUGCUUGGGCUAAAUCUUGAAAUGCUAAUGCUAAAAGUUUUAUGGGCUAAGCUCUUUGAAUUGUGAAUAAAUGUUAGAACUAUGGUUAGAAGUAUAGUUCAAUGAUCCAAUGCAGCUUCAACCACUGGAAGUCUAUGG